UGCUUUGAUAUUGCUCCUGUCUACUGUCAGGUUUAAAGUACUUAAGUACGGGUGGAACAAAAUGGUGUUAUAUUUCAAGGAAUCACACCAGAUGUAACAAAAGUGGAAGAAAAAAUUAAAAGGGGUUUGAAACACAGACUUAAUUUAGAAUGGCACAAAAUACAGAAGUAAUUGUUAGACGCCUGAAUAUUUACCAACCGUUUAUAUUCAUGUUUAUGUUUGUUGCAUAUUACUUGCAUAUGGUUCCAGUGACAUAAAAGAAUAGAAGGAGGAUUUGUUAGUCCCGCGGAAGACUAAUCAAUAGUGCAAUGUGACAUUUUUAUGUUAAUGUGUACAAAUAGUUUUUACACUUGGACAGUGAAAUCGAUAUUUGUGUCCCAAGUUAGUUUAGAACUUUUACGAGUAAUUGUAUUUAUUUUCUUUCACUGAUUUCAGUUAUGUUCAGUGUAACUUUAAUGUAAAGUUGUUGUCUGCUGAUAUUUUCAAUUCUGAAUCUUGUCCCUUGAAUGCAAAAUGAUAAAAAGUAGAAUAUGCUUCCAUCUUAAAACUCAAAUAUGCAGAAUAUGACUGACACAGCACAAAUCUCAAAACCUGUGGAGUUAAGUUCAAUCAUUAACGUUGUGCAACAUGAUGGACCAAAACCUGGAAAAUUGGAAUUGAAAAGUGUUGUUUGCUUGGGACCAAAUGUUUCAAAAAAGUCUAAAGAACCAGGAGUUAAAGGUCAUGAUCUAAAAAGUUCAUCCAAAGUGUCAAAAGUGUAUCUAGAGAAACCGGUGUUGUUGUUACCAUUCGGACAUCAAGUUAGUGGACGUGCAAGCAUCUUAUGUUACGAUGAAACAACACUUCUGAAACCAUACGUUUCGAGGGAAUUGUUUUUCUAUCAAACACUACCGCAAGAUUUGAAGAAAUUCACUCCGCAGUUUCGAGGACUUGUAACAGUGAGUUUCAUAGAAGACAGUAGAACAGCAUCGGUACUUGCCUACGCACUUCCUCGAACUCUUGUCAAACCAAACACUAAAAAUAUCAUCAAAUUGUUCGAUGAGGAACCAAAACCUCACUCCAAGCGAUGCGUUAAGGACUACGGAAAGACUCAUGUCAUAUUUCCAUCAAUCACUCAGAAAACUACAGGCAACAGAAAUGACGAGAAUUUAUUUGUUGAUUCUUUUGAAAACAUUUCUCCUGUGAUUUCUGAAAUCAAGAAAGAUUCUGAUGUUGUCAGUGAAUUAUCCGAGGGGUUCGAUGUUACUGUCUGUAUUGAAGAUAAAAAGGUUUCUUCCGGCAAAGAAAAUGAAGAAAAUAGCAGAGUGUCCACAACUGGUUUACAUAACCCAUGGAAUUCCAAAGUUUUAGACGAUGCAUGGCUUAAAUUGAAGAUUUCUAACACGGAUAAUCCAUCUAAUGGAAAGAAGAAACGCUUUACAUUGUUGGAAAAUGCAGUUGCUCGCUAUCGCCGCCCUUGUGUUUUGGAUUUAAAAAUCGGUACAAGAGUUCGACACGAUGCAUCUCCUGAAAAAAUUGCGAGACACGUUACUGCAAUUAACUUGGGGGCAAGGCUCAGCGGUAUGCAGGUCUACCAUCCUGACCAAGAGAAAUUCACGUAUUAUAACAAAUACUAUGGACACAAUCUCACUGUUUCUGGGUUCAAGUCCAACCUAAAACAUUUUUUCUCAAGAGGAGGAAUACCAAUACAAAGUUCGAAAUCACCAACAAAAAGGAAAAAUUCGUCUUCCGUUGACAAAAACCUUGUGCAGCAAGCUGUUAAGAAACUAGUAGAAUUGAAAAAUACAAUCGAAUCAAUAAAAUCUCACAGAUUCUACUCUAGUUCUGUGCUGCUAUUAUAUGAAGGUGAUCUAUCGAGGCAGCGGGAGGGAGAGCAAGGCGGUUGCAGUGAAGACAAUGUUGUUAUAAAUGACAAAUCUCAUUCUCAAAAGGAACGUAGAAAAAACAAUGAAAAAUCUUCGCAAAUGGAUUGUAAAGAAACAAAGAAAAGGAAUUCACAUAAAACGAGUGAAAAAUUGGAACAGUCCCACAAACACAAACUACGCAACUCUGACUCUGCAAAACAUCACAAGGAAAAGACAAAGUGUCAUUUUCAUGAGAAACAUUCUCACAAACAUCACAGUGAUAUGGACCGAAUUCACAGUGAAAAUGACAGUAAAUUCACAGCUCACGAAGACCUGAAAAGGAAGCAUUCUGAUGUAUUAUCAAAUAGUACAGACAUUAUUGAAGUUAAAAUGAUUGAUUUUGCUCAUUAUUGUUUCCAUGACGAUGAAAUGCAUCCUGGACCUGAUGGGGGAUUCAUCUUUGGCUUAAAUUGUCUGAUAGGGCUAUUGAAUGAGAUGCUGAUGUCACCAAGUUGAUGGAAUGGAGAUGUCUCAUUGUAGCGGCUUUUUGCACGGCCAAUUAGAAGCAUGGUAAUUAAUAAUAUAUGUACAGUAAUUUUUCAAGCUAGGGCAUGGCUCUUUAAGUCCAAAUGAUCAAAGUAAGGAUAUAGAGUUUGACCAUUGUAAAAGUUUAGGUACUGUGAACCAAGAUGGCAGACACCGUAACGUAGUAUGUGUACCAGGUUAG